GAUUAUGACCCUCUUCUACUUUGUUCCCGUGACGACUCUAUAUAAGGUCCUCUGUUUCCUUUGCACACUUCUCAUGAGCAUAAAACAAUUCUUUAUUUCUGGUUCCAAUGCACUAGUUUCCUCCUCAUGGACGAUAACGAGCUUCAUUUGUCACCUCCCACGAUGAUACCUCAAAGAAUGGACUCAGGAGGUCCUUAUCGUCUUCUGCACUGUUCCGGUCUUGGUGACAAAGAGGGAGUGAUGCAAGAGCUUCAGAAAGGAGUGGAACCGAAUCUGGUUGACUAUGAUAAGAGAACAGCUCUUCAUUUAGCUUCUUCUGAAGGUUGUUUGGAGAUUGUUGUUCUACUUCUUGAGAAAGGAGCUGAUGUGAACUCCACAGAUCGCUGGGGUCGAACUGUAAGUUGCGCACUUAUUGAAAUUAAAAUGAAUUACCUUUGCUGCCGGUUUUGGAUUGUUGUUUCGUAUCGUUUUCACUGUACUGUACAUUGUUGGUGA